UGCAAUAUUACUGAAUCCUUGACUGCAGAAAACGAAGAGCCACAAUCAAUAAGUGAAGCCUUGAACGGUGCAAAUGCAAGCAAAUGGAAACAAGCAUUAAAAGAAGAAUACAAUUCACUAAUUAGUAAUGAAACAUGGGAAUUGGUACCACCACCGGAAGGGUGUAAUGUCAUUGGAUCGAAAUGGGUGAUGAAAAUCAAACGUGAUGCAGAUGGGAAUGUUGACCGACAUAAAGCACGGCUUGUUGCUCAGGGAUAUUCACAGACACCCGGAAUCAAUUACGAGGAAGUCUUUUCACCUGUUGCAAGACAUUCUAGUAUAAGAACGCUAUUAGCUUUGGCAAACAAGCACAACUUAGAAAUUCAUCAGAUGGAUGUCAAGACAGCAUUUUUAAAUGGCUACAUAGAACAUGAUAUCUACAUGUCCCAACCAGACGGAUUCGUUGACCAAGAACAUCCAGAAUACGUUUGCAAGCUUAAGAAGAGCUUAUACGGACUUAAGCAAUCAGCGAGGUGUUGGAACCAAACACUCGAUAGUUUUCUGACGAAAAACGGUUAUAGAAAGAGCAAUGCAGAUAAUUGCAUUUAUGUGAAAUCCAUAAAGAAUGACAAUGGAUUCAUAAGUUUUGUGAUUUUGGCUGUGUACGUUGACGACAUAAUUCCUAUCUCAAACGACAUCAACAUGUUAAACACAGAGAAGGACUUGUUAUGUAAGCAUUUUGAAAUGACGGAUCAAGGAGAAAUUCAUUUUAUACUCGGAAUGACAAUUAAGCGUGACAGAGAAACCAAAACGCUAUUCAUCAGUCAACAGAGGUAUCUAGAGAGCGUGUUGGACAGAUUUGGUAUGGCUAAUUGCAAACCGAUCUCUACUCCUCUUGAAACAACUUACCAUAAGCGAACGGAAGAAGAAGAAGGAUUUGAUAAGAAUUUAUAUCAACAGGCUAUAGGACGUUUGACAUACAUCUCGACAGCGACAAGACCAGACAUUUCUGCUGCAGUUAGUAUAUUGUCUUCAUACAUGUCAAAUCCCAGCAAGGAACAUUGGAAUGGAGUCAAAAGACUUCUAAGAUACAUAAAAGGAACUUUAAAUUUUGGAUUGAAAUUUACAACGAGUGAAAAUGAUGAUGAGAAUGGAGACGAGUUGUAUGGUUAUUCUGACGCCAACUGGGCAGGAGACGUUGAUUCUAGACGUUCAACCUCAGGUUAUGUGUUUAAAGUCGCAAAUAGCACCGUGAGCUGGUGUAGCAAGAAACAAGCGAGUGUGACGAAAUCAACUACCGAAGCGGAAUACGUAGCAUUAAGCCAAGCAACGCAAGAAGCAAUUUGGAUGAGGCGAUUAUUAUCAGAUAUUGGUUGUAAAAGUGAAGAACCCACCACAAUGUACGAAGACAACCAGGGAGCUAUUGAAAUUUCGAAGAACGCAAGAUUUCAUAACAGGACAAAGCAUAUAGACGUCCGGUUUCACUUCGUAAGAGAAAAAGUAUUAUCAAAUGAAGUUAAAGUUAUCUAUUGUCCAACUGAACAUAUGUUAGCGGACAUAAUGACAAAGGGAUUAACAAAGAAGAUAUUUCAAAGACUAAGAAGCAUGUUGAAUGUUUGUUCAUACUAA